AUGGCCAAUGGAUGCAAAACCACGCCCGCGGACACGAAAAACGCCCAACGGACAGAAAACAACGACCAACGGACACAUACACCACCCGUGGACAUGAAACAACACGCAGCAGACACGAACAACACCCCUGCGCCCACAAACAACACCCAGCGCCCACAAAACGACACCCAGCACCCACAGAACGAUGCCACGGACGACAACAACAAUGGGAUGACAUGUCCACAUCAACAAGGACAACGGACAACAAUGGGACGACGUGUCCACGCCAACAUGUCUACGUCACCCCAGCACCCACAGAACGAUGCUACGGACGACGAUGAUGAUGUGAUGACAUGUUCACGCCAACGUGUCUACAACCAUGUACCCCCCUCCCUCACUCCCCUCCUUCCCCUCCCCAUCACCCCUUCCCCUCCCUCCCCUCUCCAUCCCCCCCUUCCAUAA